UAUUAUUACCCAGCCAUUGCGGCCCCACGCCGCGCAUGCAAACCGGCGCGCGGACGUGUGCACGGUCAACAGAACACGAGGAUUCCAGAUCUGGCUGCUCCACCCACAAACCCCCAUAACGCCACCUCCUCACAGCAUGGUCGCUGACAAAUACAUCGGGCUUGCGCUUGCCAUGUCGUCGUCGUUAGCGAUUGGCACGUCGUUCAUCAUCACCAAAAAGGGCCUCAUGGACACGUCGUCCCGCUUGGGCUCCGACAAUGCCACGGGCCACCAGUACUUGCAGAACCCCAUCUGGUGGGCGGGCAUCCUCACCAUGGCCAUCGGCGAGGUGGCCAACUUCGCCGCAUACACAUUUGCGCCGGCCAUCUUGGUCACGCCGUUGGGCGCGUUGUCCGUGAUCAUCGGCGCCGUUCUCGCCGCGCUUUUCUUGAAGGAGGAGCUCGGCACGUUGGGCAAAAUGGGCUGUGCCAUCUGCCUCAUGGGCUCGGUAAUCAUCGUGCUCCACGCGCCGCCAGACAAGGAGAUCGAGACGGUGGACGAGAUCCUCACGUACGCCACGCGGCCCGGGUUUCUUUUCUACGCGUUCGUGGUGACCGUGUACUCGCUCUUCACGAUCUACAAGAUCGUGCCGAAAUACGGGCACACGAACCCGAUGAUCUACAUCUCGAUCUGCUCCAGCGUGGGCCUGAUUUCCGUGAUGGCCAUCAAGGCGUUCGGCAUUGCGUUGAAGUUGACGUUUGCCGGCAACAACCAGUUUUCCCACGCGUCCACGUACGUGUUCAUCGUGAUCGUGUGCGUGUGCAUCGUCACGCAGAUGAACUACUUCAACAAGGCCUUGGACCAGUUCGACACGUCCCUCGUCAACCCGUUGUACUACGUGACCUUCACCACCUGCACGCUCGCCGCGUCGUUCGUGCUUUUCCAGGGCUUCAACACCACGUCGGCCAUCAACAUCAUCUCGUUGUUGAUCGGCUUCCUCAUCAUCUUCUCCGGCGUGUACUUGCUCAACAUCUCACGCAAGACGCCCGAGCCCCACGACAAGGAGAUCUUCGGCCUGCACGCCGGCAAGGACAUGGGGCCCAUGGACAACGGCGUGGGCGGCUUCUCGUCCGUGCGCAGGUCCAUGCAGCUCUCGCGGGCCGAGUACGACAGCGAGGAGACCGUGGGCUUGCGCAGAAUCGACUCUUUUGACAUUUCCGACGACGACGUGGACUCGCGCCACAGGCACUUGUAGCGUGUUGGCCGUGGCCGUGGCCUGCCAGCGGGCGUGUGUGCGGUGGCACUGCUGGGAGCAGGAUCACCGGAAAUUGUCAAGUUGUAGGAGAGACUGGCAGGAGAGUUGAGGGAGAUAUGGUAGAAGAGUUGCAGAAGAGCCUGGUAGAGGAGUUGCAGAAGAGCCUGGUAGAGGAGUUGCACCAGAGACUGGUAGAGGAGUUGCACCAGAGAC